AUGGGACAGGUCAAGGCUGGGCAGAGACAGGUCAAGGCCAGGCAGAGGACAGGUCAAGGCCAGGCAGAGGACAGGUCAAGGCCAGGCAGAGGACAGGUCAAGGCCGGGCAGGGGACAGGUCAAGGCCAGGCAGAGGACAGGUCAAGGCCAGGUCAAGCAGAGGACAGGUCAAGGCCAGGCAAACGACAGGUCAAGGCCAGGCAGAGGACAGGUGGGGAUAAGGCCCCAGCAGCAGACACAGUCACAGAAGAAAAAGAGAUGAGUUGUGUCAGUGAUGCAGAGGAAAGAACACCCACCUCCUCCCCCAAACCUCCCCCAUCCCUGACCCCUACACCCACCUCCUCCUCCAUCCCUCUGACCUCCAACCCACUGGACCACAACGCUACACCAACACCCACCUCCUCUUCCAUGGUCGUCCAGGAUCGAGGCCCGGGUCUGGGGUUAGGCCAGGAUCUCAGCCAGGACACCAUGGAUAACCCUCUGGAUAAGGACCUGUCCCUCUCCUCCAUCCUGGCCCUGCUGUGUGGGGGGAACCCUCUCCAAGGCCUGGGUAGAGAGCUAGCUUCCAGCCCACCCUGUGCCCUGGAGCCUGGGCAGGUGUCUGGGUGUUCCUCCAGGGACUUCCAUGGGAGGCCGGCAGGGCUGGAUGUGUGGCCCAGCCUCGGGUGCUCCUGGGUGGGUAAAGAGGGCCGACUCUCCCCUGACUCUGCCAUCCAGAGGCUGAGAGCAGCAGCAGCCAAUGCUGUGCUACACAACAGCUCCACCCUCACUGCCCUGUCCCAGAAGGUCAACCUGCGAGGUCAGGGUUCUAAGGUCACCGGAUCAGAGGUGACAGGCUCAGGCCAGCAGCGCUCUACCUCCCCCUACUCCUUCCUCUCCUUCCACUCCCCCGAUCCUCAGUCUCAAUUCACAGAACAGAGCUCCUCCAGGCCUGCAUCCAUUACUGAUCACCAACCCCUGGGUGAGAUCAACCCUGGAGGACCAGCAGGUGUAUUCCAGUGCUCCAUGUGCGGUCUGCGGAUGAAGAGGAAGAGCUAUUGGAGGAGACACAUGGCGGUUCACACAGGGUUAAAGAGUCAACAGUGUCAGCUCUGUCCCUUCCGCUGCGCACGCAAGGACAACCUGACCGCGCACAUGAAGGUUCACAGGCAGCAGGAGAAAGGGGAGGAGUUUCAGUGUGACCUUUGCCCUUUCACCUCACUCCGCCUCUUCAGCCUGAAGCUGCACAUGAGACGCCACCAGAGAACUAACCCCGGAGACACACACACUCUCACACAGGAAACACACACGGAGAGAGGCCGCGAGGGGAAGGAGGAAAGAGAGACAGAGGAGGAGAGGGAGAAGGAGGGAGAGAUGAAGAACGAGGAAGAGGGAAAGAGCCAUUCCCCUGAGCAGGCCGUGUUGAAGCCUGGGUGUAGAGUACAGCUCUCCCCCAGAUCCCUCGACACUGCUCUCUGCUACUCCUCCAGUCAAACUCCUCUGUACCCUGCCACUGUGAAGCAAGAAGCCCUGGAGGUAGAGAGGGAGGGAGAGGGGCAGGGAGAGAGGGAGGGAGAGGGGCAGGGAGAGAGGGAGGGAGAGAGGAAGGAAGAGAGGCAGGCAGAGAGGCAGGGUGAGAGAGCGGGAGAAAGGGAGGGAGAGAGAGAAAAGGGGAGAGAUAAAGAAGUCCGUGUAAAAGAGGAGCCUCAAGAGAGGGAGUUCUCAACCCCUCUCGUCUCUCACCAUCUAACCCCCCUCCACCCCUCUCUCACCCUCAAGAGGAACAGGCGCAAGGCUAAUACCCGCCCUGAGUCCCCCUCUCCACCCCAACGCAGAACACACACACCAAACACACACACACCCAGCCCCCUCACACACACACCCCUCACACACACACAUACACCCCUCACACACACACACACACCCCUCACACACACACACAUUAUGAUUCCCAUGGCGACCUCUCUCUUCAGCCCUGACAUCAACACUAAGACCGCCUCCGACCUGCUCAUCAAACUCUCAGCAGCCACCCAGCAGGCCGGGGUAGAGCCGGGGGCUGUGGUGAAGCAGGAGCCCCAGGAGGAGGACCUGAGCCCUGGGCAGCAGCAGCAGCAGGCAGGUGAGCCUGGUCUGGCUCUCUCUCCAGACGGGCCUGGGGCUAGUCCUGAGCCCCCCACCUCCCACCUCACCAGACCAGAGGAGGAGAGAGGCCUGCUGGAGCAAGACAUCAGUGUCACUUUGGCUUCUGAACUGCUCAGGAGACUGUCUGAGAAGCAGGAAGUGGUGGUCCAGGGUUUAAAGGUGAAAGAGGAGGAGGAGCCUAUGGAGAUUGACCCCCUGACCCCCAGCGUGACACCUGACCCUAUCCUGCCCCCAGGGGAGCGAGCAGAGUCCGGGAGGGGUGAGAAGACACCCCUCCACCUCUCCUCCCUAAAGAAGACCAGGAUCUGUUCCAGAGAGAUCUCUUCUCCCAGGACAUCUCAGUCAAAAUGGCCUCUGCUCUCCUUUACCAACUGUCAGAAAAAGUCUGCAAAGCCAACGAGCUGAAAGAAAACGGAUCCUUCUCUAGUCCUGUGGCGGAGAAGCCCUUUACACACACGCCCUCUACCUGCCCGAACCAGCGGGACCUUACUCAACCCUCCCCAGACAAACCACAGCACGUAGUCAGUAGGUAUAGAUGUCCAGUGUGUUCGUACCAAGCCCAGUGUCAGAGGAGUCUCAACCAUCACCUGGCUUCACACACUUCUAAAACACACACCGCCGGCUUCAACUACUACUACAGGUGUCAUGUGUGCGGGUUCGAGCUGGAGGGGUGGAGCCUGUUCCUUGGUCACAUGACGGAGCACAGCGAAUGGGAGCGCGAUGCGUUCACCCUCCGCUGCAGUGUGUGUGAUCACUCCACCAGUGAGGAGCGGGCCAUGAGGGCUCACGCCAUGAGGGCUCACGCCAGCUCUCACACUCUUGGAGAGGCAGCGAGCCAAGACUACCUACAGACACACCUGUUGGGAGGCCACACCCCCAAAGACUUACCUGAUGGAAGAGACAGCCCACAAUCUGGAGAGCUCAGGGUGUAUGAAGGGCUGUGGGCCACAGUACUGAUGGGAGGGGCUAUUUAAAUGUGCCCUCUCUGUUCGUUCUCCACCAGUCGGCCUGUCUCCAUGGUAACACACAUGCGCUCGUCGCACUCAACGACGGAUCAGCACCGUUGCCGCAUCUGCCAAAGGUCGUUUUCACGGCAACCGGAGCUCCAGGCCCACGUCAGGUGUCAUCGUCAGGGCAACCAGUACCGCUGCGAGAGGUGUGGCCACCUGGCCCGAACAGCCAAUAAGCUGAUAGAACACGUGCGUGUGCACACGGGGGAGCGACCUUUCACCUGCGACCUCUGCCCUUACAGCGCCAAACGCCGAGACAGCCUCCGUCUGCACUGCCGACUCAAACACCCCGAACACACACCCUCACACGGACACACACACACACCCUCACACGGACACACACACACACCCUCACACGGACACACACACACACCCUCACACGGACACACACACACACCCUCACACGGACACACACACACACCCUCACACGGACACACACACACACCCUCACACGGACACACGCACACACCCUCCUGGUUUAGGGGGUCAGACCUUUUUCUCGUCCCCCUCACCACCCUGCUCUCCCUCAGACCCCUCUCUAGCCCCAGACCCUCCUCUCCCUCCCGCUCUUCCUCUCCUUCACCCAAACUCUCUUUCCUAGCCUACCUAGGUCUGACAGAGCCAACCUAAUCAACCUCCCUCCUCCUCUACCCCUCUUCUCCUCUCUACCUUCCUCCUCCUCUACCCCUCUUCUGCUCUCUACCUUCCUCCUCCUCUACCCCUCUUCUGCUCUCUACCUUCCUCCUCCUCUACCCCUC